UCUCACCAUAUUUGUUCUUUAAGCCUGGUAUGUUUGACUUCAAGAAAGUGACUUCACCUCUCUUGGUCUUUGUUGCUUGUUCUAUAAAAUAACGUCCAUCAAGUCCUCUACCUCCACCUCAUGUUCUCACAGGCAAUAUGUGUAUGUCCACAUGUGUACUCUUAUGUGGCAGUGUAUGUACUAGGUCAGUAUGAACAUAUAUAUCAUGUAUGUAUCUACAAAUUUGUGUGCUGUCUGAAUGCAUAUGUAUUUGUGAGGUAAGUAGAUAUGGUCAUUAAUGGUAAAUGUACAAUGCAUAGUUUUGAAUGUAUAUAAUUCUGUGUGUUUUGUAUGUAACUCCAUAUAUGUAGCCAUAUAUAUGUAUGUGUGCAAAUAUGUGCAUAUGAAUGUGUGAGAUGAUUGUACAUGCAUGUGAGAAUGGAUCCAUGCAUCUGUGUCUAUUGUAACAAAUACCAUUCUGAAGUUUGACUGCAGUCUAAAUCGGAGCUUCCUUUUCAAGUUACAACAGGCACAAGGAAAAGAGAAUCCAUCUCAUUCUGCCUUUGAAAGAAGCUAGGCGUCUACUCACUAGGUGGAAGGAACCAACAAAUCUAUCAGGGGAUAUCGCUUGGAAUGGGGCAGGCCAAUGGAACCUCCUGGAGGGGUUUUGUCUUCCUGGGCUUCUCCAGUUUUGGGGAGCUGCAACUCCUGCUUUUUGCCUUGUUCCUCUCUCUGUAUCUCGUCACCCUGACCAGCAACGUCUUCAUAAUUGUAGUCAUCAGGCUGGACAGUCAUCUGCACACCCCCAUGUACAUAUUCCUUUCCUUCUUAUCCUUCUCUGAGACCUGCUACACUUUGGGCAUCAUCCCUAGGAUGCUGUCUGGCCUGGCUAUGGGGGGCCAGGCUAUCUCCUAUGUGGGCUGUGCUGUCCAGAUGUUCUUCUCUGCCUCAUGGGCCUGCACCAACUGCUUUCUCCUGGCUGUCAUGGGCUUUGACAGAUAUGUGGCCAUCUGUGCCCCACUGCACUAUGCCAGUCGCAUGAAUCCUACCCUCUGUGCCCAGCUGAUUGGUACCUCCUUCCUGAGUGGAUACUUCUUUGGGCUUGGAAUGACACUGGUCAUUUUCCGCCUCUCAUUCUGCAGCUCCCAUGAGAUCCAGCACUUUUUCUGUGACACCCCUCCAGUGCUGAGCCUAGCUUGUGGGGAUACAAGACUGAGUGAGCUGGGGAUCCUCAUUCUCAGCCUGCUGGUCCUCUUGGUUUCCUUCUUCUUCAUCACCAUCUCCUAUGGCUACAUCCUGGCUGCAAUCCUGAAGAUCCCCUCUGCUGAGGGGCGGAAGAAGGCCUUCUCCACCUGCGCCUCACAUCUCACAGUGGUCAUUAUUCACUAUGGUUGUGCCUCCUUCAUGUACUUGAGGCCCAAAGCUAGCUACUCUCUUGAGAGGGAUCAGCUUAUUGCUGUCACCUAUACUGUGGUGACCCCUCUCCUCAACCCCAUUGUAUAUAGUCUAAGGAACCGGGCUGUGCAGACAGCUCUGAGAAAUGCUUUCCGAGGGAGCUUGCUGGGUAAAGGAUGAAGGCUAGCCCACAAGAACAGCCUCUUCUGUGCAGGCUGGGCAUAGACCAGGAAGCCAGGCCAAUGGGCCAGAUAUUCAGGGCCUCAGGCCAAAGCUGUCCCAACCUCAUGCCCCUGGAAGAAACUGAUCUUGCCUCCUACCCUUCUUCCAGGCUGCUUGGGAACUCAGAGGCUCUGCUCUACUCACUGCACACAACUCACAAAGACAUCAUAACUUUUCACCUUCAGCCUUAUAGAUGCCAUCCCAAGCUACUGCAACCCAUUAAGAAUUAAUAACUUUCUUAACUAAGAUCAUUAAGAAUUUUCCAACUGAGCUGAACAAAAUGAGGGCAGUUUGAAGUGCUCAAGUUCAAGACUGAGCUGGCAGGAGCCCUAUCGGGGGUACUGCAGAGACUUCUAAAAUCAUUACAUAAUUAGACUAUUUGACCUGUAAUGUUCUUCCAAGAUUUAAAAUUUAGCGAAUAUCAGUUUGUUAGGUUAGUGUUAUAUCUUGCUAAAUGAAAAGGUAGGUUUUCUCCUACUGGAUAUUUUUUAAAUAGCAGUAUUUGGUAUCUCUGACUCAUUAU